AUGACGACGACCGAACCAUUUUACCUGCGUUACUACUCUGGUCACCAGGGCCGAUUCGGACACGAGUUCUUGGAAUUCGACUUCCGAGUGCUUGGAGAUGGCCGCAGCGCAUCUGCCCGUUAUGCGAACAACUCCAACUACCGUAACGACUCACUCAUCCGGAAAGAGAUGUGCGUCAGCGAUGCGUUAGUAGCUGAGAUCAAGCGCAUCGUCAAGGACAGUGAAAUCCUCAAGGAAGAUGACACCAAGUGGCCCCAGAAGAACAAAGAUGGUCGUCAAGAGCUGGAGAUUCGGUUAGGCAGCGAGCACAUCUCGUUUGAGACUGCGAAAAUCGGCUCUCUUCAAGAUGUACAGGACUCAUCAGAUCCAGAGGGCCUUCGCGUCUUCUACUACCUAGUACAAGACCUCAAGGCUCUGGUCUUCUCAUUAAUAUCUCUCCACUUCAAGAUCAAGCCAAUCUAA